AUGCAACAGAAACUGGACAUCAUGGAUAAGUUGUACCAACAGAAAGAGAAUGCACUCCAGCAAAAACUAACACAGGAAGAGUAUGAGCGUCGUGAAAAGGAGCAGAAACUGUCUGAAGUCGAUAGCAAGGCUGUGCAAGCACGAGAGGAAUUAAAGAUUUACAAGCAAAGAAUUCAAGAAAUCAGGGAGGAAUUACAAAAAACAGACCGCUUUUAUAAAAUUCAGAUUGCAUCUUAUGAAAAGAAAGCACAUGAAAACUGGCUUAAUGCACGAGCUGCUGAAAGGACUUUAGUGGAAGAGAAGAGAGAAACUUCAAACCUAAGACAAAAACUUGUUGAAGUUAAUGAUAAACUCAAAGAAAUCCAAAGAACUUCCCUAAUUAAAUCAACCCCUGGCCGCCCAGAUAGACAGAUCCCACCACCACAUAGAGGCACACUGAACCAUAACAACUGCUACGGCCCACCUCCUGUGAGUGGAGGUGACCCUUCCCACCCACCAAUGAUUGAGGGCCCUGGGCACCCUCCUUCUGCUCCUGUGGGUAGAAGAGAACCCUUCGGUCACAUGGAUGGUCAAUUUGGUCCAAGAAGACCCCCACCUGAAACUUCCACACGAUUUUCUGGCCCUGAACGUGGACUUCCACCUCCAUUCAGAGCAGAUGUUGGAGUAUGUGCCCCACCAUUGAUUUCUAGUGGCCCAAGGACUUCCUCGCCUAGCAUUCCAUUGGAUGACUCGAUGAACUCUAAAGCUGAAGAUGCACCAUCAUUUCCAGGGGCUCCGAUCAUGAAUUCACCAGUGACCGGUCCUGCACAUCCACCACCAUCAAAAGGAUUUGCCCCUCCACCAAUGACCAGACCUCCCAACGGAUAUGGCCCUCUGCCCUUCGCUGGGCAUCCUCUACCUGUCCCAGGCCCUCGCUACAGACCUCCACAUCCAGUUAGAGGACCCUAUGGUCGCAUGCUAUAUGGACCUGCUCCGCCCUGGAGUGGUUGUGGACCACCUCCACCGCACAGAGACUAUUGGCCAGGACCUCCCCCUCCAUUUGGCUUAAGGGAUUUUGCACCUGGAAUGAGAGACUUGCCCUCUGGUUUUCCACCACCACAUGGACCUUGGGACUAUCCCUUUCCACCCAAAAACAUGCUUCCUGGGACUGUUCCUCCACCAGGCAUGAGAGACUAUCCAGGCCCACAAGGUCCACCACCACAGAUGGGUCCCAGAGACUUCAAAGCAGGCCCCCCAGUACCACAACAGAUGAGCCCAAGGGACUAUCCUCCAGGCCCUAGUUUGCCACCACAACAGAUGCAACCCGGAGACUUCUCAAAUUCACAGAAUGGGCCAUAAAUUUCACCUAAUGGUGGUAUUUUAUUCAACUAAGCAGAGCAAAAAA